UACAUAUCCGAAAACAAUUUAAUUUGUGUACAAAAACUUUAAAAAAUCUCUUUAUACAAAAAGUCACUUUACGUUUAUGUCCAUUAGUGUGCAAAAAAGAAGACGUUUACGUUGGAAAACUUUAUAUUUAUUCUGUGUUCAAAAAUUAAGAAUAUGUUAAACUUGUGUUAGACCUAUAAGCCAACAACCUGGUGCAUUUUGAGAGACAGUAAUAAUAUACCAUUGCGACAAUCAUCACACACCCACUGGAUCAUAAACAACUAUGGAAGGUAUGCAGCAAGAAUGAGUCAGAACUGUGACAAUGGUGGACUUGAUUCAGUGGUCGUUGCCCAGAUCUCUACCAACUGACCAACAGAGCAUGGAAGGAAACAUCAUUAGACUUGGAGAAUGCCUUGGAGAUUUGGUCAAUGACUUGAUGAACGGAAUACGAUCCAGAAACAAUACCUACGAUGUCAACAUGAAUGCCACCAAAGAGAAUAAUCCGCCAGUGACAUUCUACACGGACGUCAGUGACGAGAUGCUCCACCGAUCAGGCCAGUUUACCUCAAGUGAUUCGUCUGAUGACUCAUCCGAUAGCCAGGUGAAUGGUGGUUACUGUGAAAACUCAAGAUCUAACAUCCCGCCAGAGCUAAAAAAGCAAAGAUCGACUACCCUACCAGAGCACAUCACCGCCUACAUGAUAGAGGCUCCGAUUGUCAACAAUGAGGUUCACUACAGGACGAUUGGCAACCAGGCCUGUGCUGAGUUAUUACAAGAGGUGAUGUUAGUCUCAGACUAUGACAUCGCCAACCCAAACAAGUCAUUCAAGUGCGGUCGUUGGCGGUAUGCCUUCGAGGACAAGGAUGUGACCGUCAUGACGAAGCAGAACCUCCUGCCGGGUCACCAUAGCAUCCUGGGCAUGGGUCUCAUCGAGGAGCGUCUCGACUAUGUCUGGGAUCUCAUCAAGAAUCCGUCCUCACGAUUCCACUAUGAUCGUUUACUCAAGAAACUCAAGGUGGUUGACCAUGUGGAUGAACAGACCAAAGUAAUCCAAUAUUUAUUUGAGAAAACAGAUUGUUUUAUGAAACAAGAGCGAGAAAUCCUAGCUGUGCAGACAUGUCGACAAUAUAAUAACGGCUUCAUAUCAGCGGGCAAGUCGGUCGAACACUGUCAAUGUCCACAAACACGCAUUCCAAGGUUAAAGACAUAUGGAACUGGUUUCUACUUAGAACCAAUCAUCAGAAAUGAAAAACAAAUGACCAAAGUGACAUAUCUCUUGCAGGUUGAAAUGCAUGGUCUACCUAGUGCCAUAGUCAACUAUGUGAUUAAGAGACAACCUCUGGCCAUCGCGUAUCUCAGGGGUGUGUCAACAGCCAAAUAACUCAUUACGAUGUCUCCUUGAUGGUGCGGUGACCUUGACCAUUCUUGUUGCUAUGGACGUUGUUUUAAAUCUCCAUGGUGAUGCAGUUGAACAUAGGUUGCUAUUGAGACAAGCAUCAUGAGACUGAACAUCAAAUAUGACUUUAUCACCUAAAAACUGUGUUCUAUUGGUGCUCCUCUCAGGAGAGACCAAGUGUAAUAGAAGUGAAAGACACGUACAGAGUAAGACUGAUACAUGAGUCAUGUGCUUCAUGUUUUAAAACACAUGCUUUUCCGCAAAAACCAAUUCAGUAAUAACCAUCACAGGAUCCUCGGGAUCUUUGAAGAAACGGCUCCAAAGUGAAACGAUUGUUCAUUCAUAUCCGUUGACCUCAAUUUGACAAAACAUGACAUUAAACUCAACGUUGACUUUUGAUUGCUGAACGUAACGUACUCUUGCCUGGCAGAGAGUGACAGUUUCUAUUUGUAAAAAAAAGCUGCAAAAUAGUUUACAAAUAGACUCUGCAAAGUAUUAGAAGAUCAAAUAUAUGUAAAUACGUAGAAAAAUGACAUUUGAUGCAUGCACUAUCUUAUGAAAUGUUGAUGUGUAUAGAGCAGCCUCUCUGGGAAGUUAUUUGCCUUGGUCCGAUUCAGGUUAGAUUUGUCUGAGCAUUCACAUGCAAUUCCGUUAUUUAUGCAUAUGUAGCUCGGUCAAGGUUAAAUUGAACCUGACUAUUCUGAAAUUGUACACACCUCAUUUGGAUAAGUAUGUAAAUAACGCCUGGACACAUUCGUCCAUUUAUAAACUUAGAUGAUAAGCCGUCAGUUUUCUCGAAAAACUUGAGUUUUAUUCUCAGGUUGUUCAACAAGUUCACCAUUUUGAUAUGUUUAGUCUGCAAUCGACAACACCUAUGCACAAUAAUUGACUGUGCCAUGUUAUGGUACUUGAUGAAACUUUAGUAAACACGCGAUACACUUGGUGGAGUAUUAGAUGUAACGUCCAAUAGGUAUUACAGCUUAUAGGGUUUAGUUUUGUACAGCAAUGUUUGGCCUAAACAAGGAGACGGUGACGUUUAGAAAACGUGGUGUACUACUCCUGACAGUUUUUUAGCUUUUCUUCUCUGAGGAGGAAAAGACUGAAUAAGUAUUAUUGAUUCCCCAGGAAUUUCGUAAAGAACUUGUAAUUAAUUUCUAUUAACCAUUAGAUUUUAGUUAUGUAUGUUUUAGGUUAAUAAUUUAUUUUGGUAGUUUUGCUCCCUGGUCUGUGUAGAUACACCAUCGCCAUCUUAUUGCUGCAGAUGUGCCACUGGUGUGUUUGCACAGAUGACGUGUUAUCUGUAUUCACAGUAUUGUACACAUCUACUUCAAAAAAUCAUGUAUGUAAAUGAGACUAGUUUUAUUUAUUCAACCCCUCAGCGGCUGUGUGUGCCUUAUCAACAAACACAUAGAGAUCUUUAGAUUUCUCAUAGAGACAUGACAAUUAGGGUUAACUUUGAAUGCUGUAAUUUUGUAUCAUGUUACAUCUUAAUGAAAUUGACCAAGAAUUGAGGGUAUUUUAGUCUGAAAUCAACAGGAUUUGGCUCAUUAAUGCGUGAGAAAAAAUUCAAAGUUAUACACUUAAGACUCAAUAGGAUGUGUUCCACUAUUGCCCUGGCAUCGUUUUUGAGCUUUUUCCGCAGUAAUUAUGCAUCACAGUUUCAGUGAUUUUCUUGAGUAUCCCCUCAAUUCUUGGAGGAACAACCUUUCCACCUACAAUAUGUGGACUGGACUCCUCGAGACAAUGACUGAGUCAACGCAGAAAAAUGUGGAUGAACUACCCCCACUUGAUCCUGAAUUGACUUCUGAUACAUUGUCUGGAAGAGUCAGGGAAAUGAGGGUGAAAAUGAAGCCAUUUAUUAACCACUUAUGAAAUCCAGCACUGUGCACUGACGGUCUUGUUAUAUACUUUAUACCGGAAAAUUUGGUGGUUAACAGUCGAGUUUUAUAUUAUCGAAGCUAUAAUGAUGUGAAGCAAAGGUGCAGAUUUGUAAAUAUGUAGGAAGGAACUAAACAUGUUGAACAUUGUCCUAUUUUUGUAAGAAAAGACGUUUGUGUAAUUAGUAUUUUAGAAUGGUCAACACGACUGUGAUAGAAUUGAGAAAGUAUUCUUGGUGGAUACAUUAACUUUAUCACACUUCCCACCAACCUUUUGUACUAUUGUAUAAAUGUAUAUUAAAUUAUCAGCAUGUAUCAUAGA